AAUGUACCGGUUUGGUUCAUUAGUAUAUACUCUGCGAAUCUUCUUAAAUGGCUCUUUGUGUAGCUGAAGCGUCGUCGUUUGGCAUACAGAGUGGUUGUCUUGCUCUCUCUUGUUACUUCCGCUGCCAACAAAUGGAGCUGUCGUCUGCUGCUUCCGCCAUGUUUAGUCAAUCCUCGGCUCAGCUUGUGAGACCUAACUUCGGGUUUACGCUCUCUCUUCCUCGGAAAGCAUCGAUCGCUUCUUCUUCUUCUUCGCUUCCCCGAUUUUUGCGGAUGGAAUCUCAGUCUCAGUCUCAGUCUCAGCCUCAGCCUCACCAAUCUAUCUCCUGCGCUUCUUCACCAAGCAAUAAUAACAUUUCCCAGGCAACUCUUUCUUCUUCCCUAGUCGAAUCAGCUCGAAUUGGAGAAGUGAAGAGAGUAACAAAGGAGACGAAUGUAUCAGUGAAGAUCAAUUUGGAUGGCACUGGAGUUGCAGAUAGCUCUACUGGAAUCCCUUUCCUUGACCAUAUGUUAGAUCAACUUGCUUCACAUGGCUUGUUUGAUGUUCACGUAAGAGCUACUGGUGAUGUUCACAUUGAUGAUCAUCACACCAAUGAAGAUAUAGCUCUUGCCAUUGGUACUGCUCUGUUAAAGGCACUUGGUGAGCGUAAAGGAAUUAAUCGGUUUGGUGACUUUACAGCUCCUCUAGAUGAAGCGCUUAUACAUGUUUCCUUGGACCUGUCUGGUAGACCAUAUCUUGGUUACAACUUGGAGAUUCCAACUCAGAGAGUUGGAAACUAUGACACUCAGUUGGUGGAGCACUUUUUCCAGUCUUUGGUGAAUACUUCCGGUAUGACACUUCACAUACGUCAGCUUGCUGGUGAAAACUCUCACCAUAUAAUAGAGGCGACCUUUAAGGCCUUUGCCAGGGCUUUACGACAAGCAACGGAGAAUGAUCCUCGCCGUGGUGGGACCAUACCAAGUUCAAAAGGAGUCUUGUCACGGUCCUGAGAGCUGAGCAAUCAGAAGAAAAGCUCCCAGAUUCACUCUUUAUUAUCGAGUUCAUCAUGAGUUAGAAAGUGAAUAGGGUGAAGAUCACACACUCUAGAAGAUGAUGGCUUCAUCUUUAUAGUUUUUUUGUUGAUGAAAGAGUGUUUUGUAUCUCUGCAUUUUGAAAAAUCUCUUACAACUGCUGUAUGCCAUGCAUCAAACUUAGAAACUUACUGCAAACUUUUUUUAACAAUUUGCUAGAAAAGUCAAAUACAUUAAAAGUUCUAUAAAUCUAUACUAUUAAAG